ACCCUGCCCAGAGCCAGCCCGGGAGCCCUGUCUUUCUCUGUCUCUUACAAUCUUGGCUGGUGGUGAGACAUUAAUCUCUUCCAACUGGAGCAGCUACACUUUGUUUUCGUCCUGAGAGGAGGCCAAAAGGAGCCGGCCCCAGGGAGCCAUGGCCUCUACUAUCACCAGCAUUCCGGAGCAUUCCGAAGAUGUGCAGAGGGAACACGAUGUGCUCAACUGUCACAAUGACGGCCAAGACAGGAAGAAGGGUGGGCAGUCCAGAAGCGCCAGCAGCAACAACCUGGUCUAUGGCAUCCUGGACGUCCCCCCCUGGUACCUCUGCAUCCUCCUGGGGAUCCAGCACUUCCUCACGGCUCUGGGGGGACUUGUGGCAGUGCCACUCAUCCUGGCCAAGGACCUGUGUCUGCAGCAUGACCCGCUGACUCAGAGCUACCUCAUCAGCACAAUUUUCUUCGUCUCCGGCCUCUGCACUCUCCUGCAAGUGUUUUUUGGAGUCAGGCUGCCCAUUCUCCAGGGAGGGACAUUUGGUUUUGUGGCACCCUCUCUGGCCAUGCUCUCCCUCCCUGCUUGGAAGUGUCCAGAGUGGACAUUCAAUGCCACCCUGGUGAACACCGACUCUCCUGAAUUCAUAGAGGAAUGGCAGAAGAGAAUCCGAGAGCUGCAGGGCGCCAUCAUGGUCGCUUCCUGUGUCCAGAUCCUGGUGGGAUUCUCAGGCCUCAUUGGGUUUCUCAUGCGCUUCAUUGGCCCCUUGACCAUUGCUCCGACCAUCUCCCUGGUGGCCUUGCCUCUCUUUGAGUCUGCGGGUAACAACGCCGGCAUCCACUGGGGGAUUGCUGCCGUGACCAUCUUCCUCAUCGUGCUAUUUUCUCAGUACCUGAAAAAUGUUGCCAUGCCCCUGCCCGUUUAUGGAGGAGAGAAGAAGUGUCACACGUCUAAGUUCUACCUGUUUCAGGUCUUCCCGGUGAUGCUGGCGCUCUGCAUCUCGUGGCUUCUCUGCUUCGUGCUCACAGUCACCAACACUCUUCCCACGGCCCCCACGGCCUAUGGGCACCUGGCCCGCACCGACACCAAAGGCAAUGUCCUGAGCCGGGCUCCUUGGUUUCGCUUCCCUUACCCAGGACAGUGGGGCCUCCCCACCAUCAGCCUGGCUGGGGUCUUUGGGAUCAUUGCAGGGGUCAUCUCCUCAAUGGUGGAGUCGGUAGGCGAUUACUACGCCUGCGCGCGGCUGGUGGGGGCCCCACCCCCUCCGAGGCACGCGGUCAACCGAGGCAUCGGCAUCGAGGGUCUUGGCUGUCUGCUGGCAGGAGCCUGGGGGACAGGCAACGGGACCACCUCCUACAGCGAGAAUGUCGGGGCGCUGGGUAUCACCAGGGUGGGGAGCAGGAUGGUGAUGGUCGCCGCCGGCUGUGUGCUGCUCCUGAUGGGUGUAUUUGGGAAGAUCGGGGCUGCCUUUGCCACCAUUCCAACCCCUGUGAUGGGAGGCAUGUUCCUGGUGAUGUUCGGGGUCAUUGCCGCCGUGGGGAUUUCUAAUCUGCAGUACGUGGACAUGAACUCGUCCAGGAACCUCUUUAUCUUUGGCUUCUCCAUCUACUGUGGCCUCGCCAUUCCCAACUGGGUGAACAACAACUCUGAGAAGCUCCAGACAGGGAUUCUCCAACUGGACCAAGUCAUCCAGGUCCUGUUGACCACGGGCAUGUUUGUCGGUGGAUUCCUGGGCUUUCUCCUGGACAACACCAUCCCCGGAAGCCUGGAGGAGAGAGGCCUCCUGGUGUGGAAUCAAAUCCAGGAGGAGUCUGAGGAGACUGCGAGGGCCUUGGAAGUGUACUCCCUCCCCUGUGGGAUCGGCAACACGUCCUGCACGGCGCCCUGUGCCCAGCGUCUCCCCUUCUGGCCCAGGAGGGAAGCUGGGAAAGGUGAGCAGGGAGUGAGCCUGCUCAGCUGCUUCUCCCCGGAUCCCUCGGGAGAGUGCUCCGAGGGCACCGAAGAAACCAAGAUAUGAGAAGAGCUGUCCUCACGCCUGCCCCCCGCGCCCCCCCCCCCCGCCGCCCCGGGGUUCCUCGCCCCCCACCUCGGGUGCUCGGCUCCUCAUACGAGGGCGGGUGGGCACCCCACACACUGUGGCAGCCAAAUUAGAUUAAGACCAUGAGGCGUGGGCUUUGACACAGUCACUUAGUCACCACACCCUCCCAGAGAAAACCAGUCUCCAGCGUAACCCAGUGUCCACACAGAAACUUUCUUCGUGCACGUGCUCUUGGCAACCUAUUGACUUGUGGGGAGGGAAAGGCCUGGGGUGAGGCAGGGGACGGAGUUGGGGCUGUUUGCUGAAAGGUGACAGGGACAGUUCUCUUCCUCCUCAAAGAGGCAGGAUGCUGGAACCCCGCCAGUCCUCUCCCUCCGUGCACCGGCCCCUCAGGGCUGGCUCUUCAGGACAGGGGAGAAGUACCCUCUGUUCUUCCAGCACCUUCUCUGAACUCCUGGUGCUCCGGCUGGCAUCCAGCUCAGGCUGUUUGUCAUGGAUUGUUCCUGAAUUUCACUUUCUUGGCAUCGAGCGCACUGACUCCAGCGUGGGCUUCGGUCCAGUAGGCCGCCGAGGGGUCACAACGCGCUCCACGAGGUGGCCUCCUCGUUUCAUUCUUUAACGAGGCCUCAGGACUGCAGCACUAACUCCCGCCCGAGUUCCCAGCGGGCUGGGCUGCCCUGCAAAUUUCAGAUUUGCAGUCUCCACAAUUAUGCGAAGCAGUUCCUUAAAAUCAAACCCCCAAGCCCG